CGUGCUGUGACCGGGAGAGGAGCGCGUUUCGCCCCGGGAAGCGCAAACGGGAGCCAACACCCGGCUCUACACCGCUCCGCCCGCUGCCCCCCAACAUGGCGGCCGCCCCCCCCCCCCAACAUGGCGGCCACCUCCCCUUAGCGCCGCCGCCCGGCCGAGGCGCCCGGUCACGUGGUGUGGGCAGAGCCAGCCCGAGCGCGGUAAAAGAGCCGCUCGGGGCCGUGGUGCGAGGCCGUGCCGCCGCCAUCAUGCUGCGGGCGCUGACGGUAGAGCAGAUCCGCGACUGGUUCACCGUCGGCAAAACCGUGACCGCUGUCGAGUUUUUGGGGGGCGAAGCGCACACUGGAGCCCCCCGAAGUCCCCUCGGCUGCCCCGAUGGCCCUCGGGAGCCGCUGGUGGCCGCGGGGUUGCCUAGCACAGAGAGAGGUGGAACUGAAUAUGCUGAAAAAUACAGACAAGUGGAGGCACAAAAGCUUGAUGUGUUUGGAAAUGAUCAAUGUGUCUAUAAACCAGAUACUGUACUACCUAAGUGUGAGCCAAGUGUUGGGAAUUCUGUGCCAGUAACUGACUAUAAAUAUGCUGAUAUGCCUAUAGCCAGGCACAAGGAAGAGAUAGUGUCUCUGAUAGAAAGCAAUUCAGUUGUGAUUAUACAAGGAGCAACUGGCAGUGGUAAGAGCACACAGCUUCCACAAUAUGUUUUGGAUUAUUGCACUCAGCGAUCUAUCUACUGCAAUAUUGCUGUUACCCAGCCUCGGAAAAUUGGUGCCAGCAGCAUCGCCAGGUGGAUUAGCAAGGAACGAUCAUGGACACUGGGUGGAUUUGUAGGCUACCAGGUAGGUUUAGAGAAGAUUGCCACAAAGGAGACACGGUUGCUCUACAUGACAGCUGGGAUCCUUCUUCAGAAAGCAGUUUAUGCCAAAAGCCUAACUGAGUUCACGCACAUUUUCAUUGAUGAGGUGCAUGAGCGUACAGAAGAAAUGGAUUUCUUGCUCUUGGUAGUCCGUAAACUAUUGCGUACAAAUUCACAGUCUGUAAAGGUAAUACUGAUGUCUGCUUCCAUCAACUGUGAAGAAAUUGCUGAUUACUUUGCACUUCCAGUUCAUAAUGGUCUGAAUCCAGCAUAUGUAUUUAAGGUGGAAGGCAAACGUUAUGAUAUUGAAGAAUAUUAUCUUGAUGAUUUGAAGCACAUUGUUCGUUCCCAGCUUCCUUCUCAACGAGCUGAGAAGCCAGUGAUAGUAAAGGAAAUGUAUGAGGUAGCAGUGUCUUUGAUUCAGUCAUUCGAUCAGUUGGAGAUGAAGUGCAAUGGGGAGAACAAAACCUCAAGUCUUCCAUCAGAGCGUGGAAGUGUGCUAGUGUUUUUACCAGGUUUGAAUGAAAUAAGCUGUAUGCACUCAUGUCUCACAAAUAUGUUUAACAAAAGGUGGCAGGUGUACCCACUCCACUCACGUGUGACAUUAGAGGAACAAAGCAAUGUAUUUUUGACUCCUGUUCCUGGCUACAGAAAAAUUAUUCUAUCUACAAACAUAGCUGAGAGCUCCGUAACGGUUCCUGAUGUUAAGUAUGUGAUAGAUUUCUGCUUAAUUAGAACUUUGGUUUGUGAUGAGGAAACUAAUUACCAAAGUUUGAGACUUUGCUGGGCAUCUAAAACAAACUGUUAUCAAAGAAAAGGUCGCGCUGGACGUGUUUCCAAUGGGUAUUGUUACAGGCUUGUAUACAAGAAAUUCUGGAGAGACUGUAUUCCAGAGAAGUCAGUACCUGAGAUAUUGUGUUGUCCAUUGGGAGCUACAGUGUUAAAAAUAAAAAGGCUUGAUAUGGGGGAACCAAAAGCCUUGUUGGCAACAGCUCUUUCUCCACCCAAUUUAAGUGACAUUGAACGUACCAUCCUUCAUCUGAAAGAGCUGGGAGCACUUACAACUUGUGUGCAAGCAGAAGAAAAUCCACAUGAUGGUGAGCUGACUUAUUUGGGAAGAGUAUUGCUACAUUUGCCAGUGGAUCUGCAUCUUGGAAAAUUGAUAGUCCUUGGACAUACCUUUGGGUGUUUAGAAGAAUGCCUUAUUAUAGCUGCAGCACUCUCUCUGCGGAAUAUUUUUGCAGUGCCUUUCAAACAGUACAUUGAUGGAUACAGGAGCAAACUGUUUUUUUCUGGGAAUAGUAAGAGUGACUGUAUUGCAAUUGUGAAUGCAUUUAAGGCAUGGCAGGUCUGCAGACGAAAAGGAGAGUUGAGACAUCCCAAGGAUGAGCUUGAGUGGGGUCGAUCAAAUUAUAUUCAUAUCAAGAAAGUUAGAGAGGUGGCAGAGUUAUUUAACCUCUUGAAAACACGAGUCGGAGAAUUUAACAUGUUUAUUAAUACUCAGCCAUCUGCUGUGGAUGAGGAAUAUGUAUGUAAGCAACGCUUCAUUUUGCAGGUUGUAAUGGCUGGUGCUUUCUAUCCAAACUACUUCACUUUUCAAAAAUGUAAUGAAGAAGUGGCAGUGAGAGACCUUGCUGGCAAAGAUCCAAAAACCACUGUGUUGGUAAAGAAUAUUCCGCCCUAUGGAUAUCUAUACCAUAAACAGUUGCAGUCACUGUUUAGACAGUGUGGGCAGGUAAAAUCUGUUGUAUAUGAUGGAUCAAGGGCUUUUGUGGAAUUCUCCCAUAACCCAAUGGAGGGUUUUAAGAUUCUUCCUGCAGUCUACAUGUCAAUCAAAAUGUCACAGCUGAAAAUUCCUCUUGAACUGGACGUUCAUUAUCCAGAUGAUAUCAAAAGGCAGUUGCAACAUGUGGCAGCUGCGAGCAUGGAAUCUUUAAGAGUAAAUGUGGACUAUCAGAAGCAGACAGUGGAGCCUGUGGAAAUCUCAUUUGGUACUUCAGAACUGUCAAAGAUGAUCCCAAAUCGUCUCCUGUCCAUCAGUGUAACAGAGGUAGUAGAAGUUGGACACUUCUGGGGAUACAGGAUAGAUGAAAAAAACAGGACUGUUCUCCAGGCUCUAACUGCUGAAAUUAACUACCAUAACCUGAUGGAUUUGUCAGUGUCUCCAUAUCCAGAGUUGGUUUGUCUGGCACCAUUUACUUGUCUGGAAAACAGAGGAUACUACAGAGCUCGUAUUCUGUAUGUUUCUGGAGAUUUUGCAGAGGUUUUUUUUGUAGAUUAUGGCAAUAGGUCAAAAGUGCCUUUAAAAAAACUGAAAGAGAUUCCGAGUCAUCUUCAAGAGCUUCCUUUCCAGGCUUUAGAAUUCAAGAUAUGCAAGAUGCGUCCAUCUGCAAAAUCUCUUGUAUGUGGAGAACGGUGGAGUUACAGCGCUACCCAGAGAUUUGCCUCGCUAGUAAAUGGUUAUACUCUGCUAGUGGAGGUGUACUCAGUUGUGAACAGUGUUCUGCACGUGGAUGCUUUCCGUUACUCGAGGCACAAGGACCUUGUGAAUAUUCGAGAUGUGCUUAUUGAAGAGUGUUAUGCUGAACUAGCGGAAGAAUCAUACAAAUCACAACAAAGCCACGAUUUGCUGAAGGGAUUAUUUAUUGACCAAAUAAAGGAAGAAGAGAAAACAUCUGUACCUUCAAGAGAGGAAGAAAAGCAUUUAAUUGAAAGGUUAUUAAACUGUUUUUCUGGCAGUAGAUCUGGUGCACCAACCCAUAAGGUAACAGUUUUUGGCCCAUUCAGUCCUUAUGAGGUAAAAUGCUACAGUAUGACUAAAGUAUCGCAGUUCAGAAGUGCUUUCAUACACAGGGAAAGCAUAAAUUCUGUGGUUGUCGAUGAUGCUCCAGAAGACUCCUUUCAGCAGUUGUUGGUUGCCGCUUCUUUGUCAUUAAAUGCAAAUGGAUCUACCGUGCUUUUAGAGGAAACAUCUUUGAUGCCUCCUAUUCCUGGCCUACUUGCACUCCUUAGCAUGCUGUUUGCUCCUGCUAUAGAACUUAGGAUUGAUGAAAGUGGAAAGAAUUUUACUGGUGUUCUGUGUGGCUUGGGUUGGAGUCAGACUCGUGGGGUUCCACUUCUUCCAGAAAAUGACAUGGAGCUGACAUUUGAUGUGCAUUUUGGAGUAGAUGACAUAUCAGAGAUAAACAUCCUGAGGGCAGCCAUUAAUAAGCUGCUCUGUGAAUGUGCAGCGUACUCCGAACAAGAGAAAAUGACACAGCUGCAGGAAAACAUUCGUCAGAUGCUUCUAAGUUUGAUCUGCAAAUCACGACCUCGAGAUAAUACUGUUCCAAAGUGGUAUGAGAAGCCGUAUGAGUGGAAUCAAGUGGAUUCACAGCAUAUCAUUGACCAGUCAGAAAAGCAGCAGGAAAGAGAAGACGGUCUUUAUCAGCUACAUAAGCUUGUUGUGUUGAAUGUUUAAGUAUUGCUCAAAGUCUCUUUAGAGGAAGAGGUAUUACAUCUAGUCUAAAAAUUUUUCUUCUAGAUAAGCCUUGGAUGUUUGUUUUGCAAGAAUGUCCCUUAAAAUUAGUGUAAGUGUACUGAAAUACAGCUUGGUGUAUGUUUGUUCUUUAAAAGCAAAAGUAUGCUGACCUAGAGCAGAUGGUUAUUCAUAAAACAGACUUACUUAAAGCAGGAUGCAGUUUUCAAUUUAAUAAUAAUGCUGAAUAGAUUUAUCACAAUGGACAUGAAAGGCAAAACAAACCUGGGUUUACUUGUUCUUUUUCUGUCUGAAAGCUCAUGAGUAAUGGGUCGUGAUUUUUUUCUUUAGUUUUCUUUGUCUAGUUUUCUUAGUUUCUGAAGUCAUAUAAUGGUAUUGUCUUUGAAUGUAAAAAACGGAAGUCAAAGGAAGACAAAUUUGGAUUAUGUUCUGAUCUAAAGUAUAACUUUAUACAAUUUUUUAUUUUUUUCAUACAACAAAACCUAAUAUGAUGUUUCCUUUUCCUGUAUGGCAGAAGAAUGCUUUUGAGUUACUGAUUCAUUGUACCUUUGUUUCAUCUUUUCAGCUCGUUUUUCUGAUCCAUGAGAUCUUUAGUCCUAAAAAUGAGGUCAGCGGUUUCAAUGUAAUAUGUAGAACUGAAACGGGUUUGUCUGUUCUGUUGUGCAGUCAUGCUUAAUAAAAGUUAAAUUUAGUUAUUAAUGGUGUGUGAUUGCGUUCAUGAAAUACAUGAAUACAAAAGCAGUAUAUGGAAGAAUAUUCAUAGUCUCUGUUUUAACUCAGUGGUUUUGAAGAUCACGUAAUACCUAGUCUUCUAGACAGAAACAAUUGUCACAAUUUAAAAAAAGGGAAGCGGAUUUGGGGAAAAUGGGGUGAUGAUAAAUUUAAAGAAAUGAUUUUAAGUUGUACUUAGAGUGAAAAGGAGCAGCUGUAUAUUAGACAAUUUCAGUAGCUUAUUUCCUCCUUUAUUCAGUAGCAUUACUUCCUCAGAUUCGUUUUAGUAUUUCCUGUGAAUCAAGCUAUCAUACUUCAUAGUAAAAUGGGUUUAACAAAUUUUCUUCACGCUGUUUCUUGGACAACA